UCUUGCGAGAAGGAGAAGAGGUACUUCUAGCAGAAUAUGGUAACUGCUCUACCUUACUUGUGUGAUGUAGGGUUUUCGCAGAUAUGGUAACUCACAAUGAUUUCUUAUAAAACUACUCAUCACGUAUCGAAUAUUAUGUAAUGUUAUUAUCCUAAACUUUAAUAAUGUGUCUUCGCUCUACUGGAAUUGUAGCCCUCUUAUAUGCACUCAUGCAGGGUUCGAACUCCCAUAUAAUGUUUUUUUUGUUUUAGCCUUAUGUUUUAGCCUUAUUUUUUGGCUUCUGCUGAGCUUCAGGAAUAGGAAAUGUGUUUAUGUAAUACUAAUUUUAAAUCCUUAUCGGUUUCAGACGGACUAAGAGAAAACUGUCUAACAUGUAGCUGUAUUUUUCUUUUUGAAUUUUUUGGUUUUUUCAAAAUCUAUACUAUACUAAAAGUUGCAUAUCCUCAAUAGCUAAGCUAUCCACGUGGGCUGAAAAAAUCAACCAAUCAGAUGUAUAACUAAUGCCAUGUCAGCAAUCGAUAUUUUUGCUUUACAAUUGUGGUUUUCCUUUCAUCUUCCCGUCUUUUGCGUUUCUAAACGUCUUGAUCCUUUCCCAUUGAUUGAAACGAAACAGAGUGAACAGAUCCAAGAGUUGUUUGAUUUCGUGUUAAAAAAUGGGGCCUGGAAGUAGAGAAAUCUCUUCGGAGCAACAAUUUCAUGUUGAUUUUUGCCGUGUUCGUCUUCUCACGACAGGAAGAAUAGGAGUGUUUUGUGAGGGAGCUAUUGAGACAGAGAGGAAGCACAAAGGAGAAGAAGAACUAAGUUUAUCUUUAAAGAUUAGGUUCUCGCUCAAAAUCUAACCAAUCAAACAUCUGCACUUUUACGUUUUCGGACUUGGUUAUAUAUUUGAGAAUAUUCUGAUUUAUGGUACCAAAUGUAAUGUUUGGUGAUCUUGAUGUCUUCUAUAAUAGGUUUCAACACACCGAGCUGCUCUCAAGUGUAGUCAGAAGUUGCUUUCUCAUCUAUCAAUGAUUAUUUGACAAGAGAGCAUCCUCAAUUCUUCAUAUAUCAAUUAUCACGGCACUCAAGUACAUCCACAUUGGUAUUUCAAUUUCUUUUGGUCUCUGACUUUACCUUUUUCAUCAUUCAAUCACUUUAUGUGUAUAUAAUAUCUGUCUAGAGAUCACUGACUUCCACAGAUUAUAGCGUAUGUCAAAUUGUCAAUUAAACCUUAACAUUUACUCAGCUACUUAACCCACUGAUGUAGUAUACUGGCAUCAUGACGUUUCCUAAUAUCUCACUUAGUUUUGGCUUUUUGAAUUUUGGUCCCAUCGAGAUUUCUGGAGAUUUUAUUCUGUUUAAUAAUUUAUGUACCUCAGUUGUUGCACUUGCAGCUAAUGUCUAUCACAGAGAUCUGAAGCCAAAGAACAAACUGGCAAAUGAAAACUGUAAAAAUGUAGAUUUGUGAUUUUGGAUUAGGAAGGGGUUUCAUUUAGUGAUAGCCCCACAUCAAUCUUUUGAAGGGUAUGGUGCACAAGAUGUCUCUCUAAGAGUCUUUCUCUUCUCCUAAAGUCAGUUUGUAUAUUCUCAAACCUUAUUAUCUAUUAAAUUUACUGUAUGUUGCUAUAAGAUAGUAUACCGCUCCACUACUUUGUGGAUGUUUCCGUUCCAAGUUGCUUCUCUAUAUAAGCCUUUCUUUCAAUUUUUGUAUUACUGCCAGCUAAUUUUGGUGGAUUUGGAUUUUUAGUAUACACCCGCCAUUAAUAUAUGGAGUAUAUGCUGCAUCUUUUCCGGAGUAUUAGUGAGAAAUCCACUUUCCCUGGAAAUAAUGUGGUUCACCAGAUGGAUCUUAUGACUGAUCUGCUGGGGAAACCUUCCAUGGACACCAUCUCCUGGGUACUGAUCUUCUUAGACAUAAGGUUUUGAGGUUCUGCAAAAUCUUAAAAGCAUGGACCAAUGACGAGGACCCUGAUUUUACAAUAUUAUACAUGUAAGGAAUGAGAAGGCAAGGUGGUACUUAACAAGCACAGACAUCUCAAGCGCAGAGUAGACCUCUCAUGAAACAGAGUCUCUCAAAGGAAGGAAACAUGUGGAGAUCAAAUUAGGAGUAGACCUCUCUUCUUUCAUAGUGCAGGCAUAUCAAGCGCAGUUCUUCAUAGUUCAUACUGAAGACAAAAUAUUUACAUAUAAGGAUCAAGAGGUAUGGCGGAAAACGUCCGCUUUCUCUGGUUAAGAUUAAGACAACAUGGGAUAUACUUGGCGGGAAGCUUACUGCUCGUACUCUGGUUACAAGGACGAGCUAAUGUGGGGUGCGGCCUGGCUGCUGAAAGCAACCGAUGACUCGAAUUACAAAAACUUCAUACAAUCUCUAGGAGGUGGAGAUCAUCCUGACAUCUUCAACUGGGACAACAAAUAUGCUGGCGCUUAUGUUCUUCUUUCACAGCAAGCAUUAGUUAACAAUGACAACACCUUUGAUCAAUACAAGCAAGAAGCUGAGAGCUUCAUAUGCAAGAUCCUCCCAAAUACUCCCUCUUCGUCUACCAGUUACACUCCAGGAGGCUUGAUGUACAACUACAACUUACCUCAGAGCAACCUUCAACACGUAAUGGCCAUAACAUUCUUGCUCACAACCUACGCCAAGUACAUGAAAGCCACACAACACACGUUCAACUGAAGAAACUCCGUUAACAUUGUCCCCGACACCUUGAUAAGCUUAUCGAAGCAACAAGUUGAUUAUAUACUCGGCAAGAAUCCGGCCAAGAUGUCGUAUAUGGUUGAUAAGCUUAUUGAAGCAACAAGCAUAAUUUUGGAAUGUUAGGGUUUGUGAGAGUAAUGAAGGACCAUAAGAGGUUGCACUGCUGCUGCCAUGGCUGAUGGAGAAAGAGCUACUGUUUAUGAUUCAGUUGAGACCCCUGUUUAGGCCAGUAACACUGGAGAGGAAGAAAUAGAUUAAUAGGAGAGGAGUUCUGCCAUGAAGACACGCAAAGACUA